ACUACAACGCUACUUGUUUGACAUAAACACGUCACAUUCAAAUCCGUGCAUGACGUGCGAUUGUUGCUUAAAGCAAACUCGGUAUUCGAUCUCAUAUUGCUCGCGACUGUACCUCUUACUCUUGAAUAUGCAUGCUUCACUUCGAUUUUAUAGUUCUUUUUCAUAGUUUUUUUUUAAUUCUCCCAUUUGUCAGCUUCGUUAUUCAAGUUUUCUUUUUCAAUUAUAUAUUUUUUUGUUCUCUCAUAGCCGCGAGCUUCUUGGUCAAUCGCCCGUAGUGGGGCGAAUGCCACCAAUUGGCGACAUGAAGGACAAUGGCGACGACCGCCGCUGCCUUACCGUUUCUUCUGACCACGGCGACCAUGUGGGCGCAGCAGUGGAUGCGGGCCGCGGCCGCCGACUGCCCCGAAUUUUACCGCCACAAGAACCCGCAGCACACGGCGUGCAAGCCUCUCAACUCGUGGUGCAAGAUCAAGGAGAGUGGCGUGGACGACAUCCAGCGCUCCCUCAUACUGAAGCUGCACAACGACUACCGGAGCCGAAUCGCACGUGGCAACGUGACCGGAUUCAAGCCGGCAGCCGACAUGCAGGAGCUCUUGUGGGACUCCGACUUGGAAUACGUGGCUCAGGUGCGUGGUUAUGCACAGACGAAUAUGGUGUAAGGCGGAAGUGACUGAAACGUAUAUGUGUCUAAGCA